UAGCGCUGGGGGAAGGGCUGUUACAGGUGAUCAGGGGGUGAGGACGUCUAGAGGUCCCACUGAAUGCCCCUCACCGCCAGCCUGGGGAUGGCUUGUGUCCAUACAGGUUAUAAAAUGCUCAGGGGCUGGUCAGUUUAGGAGAUAAGCUGAACUUUGAAUGCUGGCACGUGGUGCUUUGCCAUCCCACUUGGACUGCUGUGGAGGACUGAGUAAUUUGGAUUAUAGCAAGGUUGAUUCCUCAGCCAUGACACUGCUGCUCAGCUAUGUCAAACUGACCGAUUCCACCUUUGCUGCUGCUGUCCUUUGCAUUGCUUUUAACCCACUUUUCUGGAACGUGGUAGCAAGAUGGGAACACAAAACCCGAGUUCUCAGUAGAGUCUGUGGCUCUCCAUAUACUGCGUGUUACUGCCUGGGCGCUGUCAUCCUGCUGCUUAACUUUAUACGAAGCCAUUGGAUGUCAGCAUUCAGGCUGGCCAAAAUGAAUGCCGAUAUGUUUUUCCUAGGACUUGGCUUGCUUUUGAAGAAAGGUAUUCAAGGCGAUUACUUUGGCAUCCUGAAGGAGGAGAAAGUGACAAGCUUCCCAUUUAACGUAAUGGACAAUCCCAUGUACUGGGGCAGCACUGCCUGCUACCUCGGCUGGUCCAUCAUGCAUGCGAGCCCAGCUGGCCUUUUACUGACAGCGGUAGUAGCGGUUUCUUAUAUGAUUGCAAUGCUGUACGAGGGACCCUUCACAGAAGAAAUCUAUCAGCAGAAACAGAAGGUGGCAAAGAAGAAAUAGCAGCAGCAGGUGUGUUUGCAGAGUACUGAGGAGAGCUUAAGAGCUGGGUGAUUUCAAUAAGGGGAGUCAGUCUGCUGGGCCAUCCACCUGCGCGAGAUAAUUUCACGGGAUAAGAGAACUCAGCCUGACUUCUAAUUUUGCCCUUCCCCGAGCUUUGCAGUCGCUGACUCUUUCUAAUCCUUCUCUCUAGUUCUGAAGAGAUUUUGAACUUCAAACCCCCACAAAACCCAGCUAGGAGAGUUUCUUCACAAUGAGUUUUGUUCCUGCUUCCUAGUUGGUUCCAAACCAGCCAAGGCAAAAGUAUUUUGAUUAUAGGCCUGAACGUGAAAGAAAGGAAAAACCAGCAGGUAACUUGAAAUUAAACAUUUAACCUCUAUAAAGCCGCAAAAAAACCCCAGCUACUGCGUGAGGCUGAGGUUCAAACGUAACAGGUGCGAUUGUGCAAAAGUGCACCCACGCUCUGUGAGCCUGCAUCGUGGACAUGCAAACCAGGUAAAGCCAUGCCUGACUGCCCCAUUGCAAGUGGAGAUCAGGUCAUUCCAGACACACAUUUGCACGUGCUUGUGUUAUGAAAAUUUAGCCCAAGUGGCCUGAUUUUUAGACUUGCAUGUGUAAAGGCCUAUGCAAAAAGGCUUGGGCAAGUACCUGGCUGGUCUGCAUAUACAGUUACUGCCACUGCACCUUUUGCUAGUCUUAAAUUCACCAAAAUUUGGCCAAGAUUUUCCAAAAGUGACUAGUGAUUUUGAAGGCCACAAUUUUUGGAUGGCUAGAAGGAGACAUCUUUAAAGGACUAAUGGUCAGGAAGUGCUGAGUGGCCAUCGGGCCCCGUCAGAGUACCUCAAGUUGGGCAUUCAAAAUCACUAGUCACUUUUGCCAGUCUUGGCCAAAGUCCCCUUAAGCUUCCAGCCUACUCUCCAGCAUCAAUGCGCAUCAGAUUAGACCUGCCACUGGUCCUACAAAGCAUGCCUCAUCACAGCCAAAAGGAACCAUGCAAGAAACGCUUCUCCAAAGAAUUCUCUUUUUCACUUGCAAACAGCAGAAGUCAGAGAAUCUCAGGAUCUUGGUGUGGAUCUGAGACAUGCUCAGAUGAUGGUGACAUAAGUCUUUUUUUUUAUUUUUGUGUCUCUCUUUUUGUGAGACAGUUUCUCGGGCUGCUCCACACACGGCAUGGUUUGCUGGUCCUCUGGAUGUGUGAUUUGCCCAUUUUCCCUUUGAAAUGUCUCUUGCUAAUUAGACAAACAAACCCCAUCCUGCCAAUGAAUGCUACCACAGCAGUUGUAACAAUCAGAGAAACAACCAGAAUAAAAGUACUCGCAGGAGCCUAGGAGUUCUCUAUGGCUCAGUCUACCCUUUGUCUCCUCCUGUUGCCCUGGCUCACAAAAGCUGAAGCCCGGACACACAAAGAAAGUAACAAAGAAGAAGGAGAUUAGCUCAGAGGACUAUCAUGCAACACCUCAACCUUUCUCCCACCCAUCUUGGGAGGAAG